UGAUGAACCUAGUUUGAAUAAUAUUUUGAUAAUCCUCAGAAAAUGGAUGCUCUACAGAUCUACACUGUUCUUAAGAGUGACCAGUUGCUCUUGAAGAUGCAUAAGCACGAUUUUGGAAAUACUCAAUGAGUUAUUAGAAGGCUUUGCAUUAGUAUUUCAGACAAUUCCGGAAAUUUAGACGUCUCCUCCUCUCCAAAACUCCAUUAUUCUAAAUUCCAAGUUCGUAAACUCUCGACUUAACAUGAAACUUGACGAAAUGUUUCGGCCAGUAUCAAUGAGAAGGCCAUUAAGAAUUCUCCAAUAAAUGAGACUCUAUCAUAACUUCUCUAAAUUUCGGCUUAAAAUCUUCAAAAGAGCUAAAAUUGAAAACUCUUGCAGAUAUUUCAUUGUAAGCCUUAAAACAUUUUAUUGAGAGAAAAUCUCGUCUAAUCAGAGAAAAAUGCUGUUAAGUUAAGAAAAAGGUUUGAUUCACCAAAAUUUCUGACGAGACUAGCUAUCUCUAGGAUAAGCAGAAUUUUAAGAAUCAGAUAAACCAUUUUCAUGGUAGUGGUUUAUUUUAGCCAAAUAUGAAUUAUUAAGAAGAUGCGAUCAGUGUCUCUAGCAAAAUAUUACUAAAGAUUUCUGACUCAAAAGAAGCAAAAGUUUGCAAAUUGUGUUAUUAUCUUAAAAUACUGAUCAAGUGUUCUUCCCGGUGAUGUUCAAAAACAAGAAAACUAAGUAUAGUUACCAUAGAAAUUCGUAAACUUAAAAUCUUGCAUGUUUCAAAGCCAAAGACCUCCUAAAUCUAAUUCUAUUU